CAUGGGAAAACUACACGGAACAUUAGCAAAAGCUGGUAAAGUCAGAAAGUAAACACCUAAAAUUGAGAAAUAAGUAAGAAGACACAAAAUUCCAAAAGGUAGAGCCUAUAAAAGAAUAUGUUUUAAUAGAAGGUAAUAUAAUAGUGGAUAUAAUCUAAUAGAUUUGGAUCAGCCACAACAUCUGCUUAAGGACCUUAAUAAAGGAAAAAGGGUCCAAAUUGGCAUGCUGGAAGAAAAGAUCUUAUUGAAGAGGAAAGGAAGAAGUAGGUUGAAUAAAGAAGACAAAGAAAGAAAUAGGAUACUAAAUGAU